AUGAAGCGAUUUUCCGAAAUUUAUGUUAUACUUUCAAUCUUCAGAAACUGUCGAAGUUCGUCUUCCAAUCGAGGUGCUAAUGUCUCAGCCAAUGAAUUAGAAACGAAGGGAUUAGUUCCUCCAAGUUUUGCCGCAGUUCAACAGCGAACCCCAUCGACUACAAAGGAAAAAAAUCGUUGGGGUGGAUAUUGUAAUCAUGGUGAUAUUCUGAUUCCAACUUGGAAUCAUCCAUAUGUUUUUUUACUCAAAAUGCUUACACAUGACGCGGCUGAGGAAAUGAUACGCGACAAUCCAAACGUGUUAAAAAAUGAUAUCCUCCUGAUAAUAAUGAAACGAAGGAAUAUACAAAAGAACAUGAGAAAAUGCGAUUCCCAUACUGGAUUGGGCUACUUACCGGUAAAUCUUGGAUAUCUAACACUUGUAGAUGACAUUUCCAGCCCAACACAAAGACCUUAUAAUCCAGACGGGUCUAUAACACCCUAUAAUCCAGCUGGAUAUUCAACAGUCAGACACUCAAAUAGCAAUCACAUUACUAAUGAGGACCCAACAUUUAAGCAUACCCUGACAUUGCUGCUUUUGAUACCAUCUUCUUUAUUCACCAUUGUAAAGUUGAUCGAAUUCUGGCUAUUUGGCAGGUUUGUCAUUCUGGUUCUUGGAUCAUUGGAUACGAUUUUAGUGAUGGCACUUUACGAUCUUAAGGUUCGACGAAAACAACUUUACACCUUUUUCGUUAAUCAGUCUGGACCUCAAAAAGAGUGUCUUAUUCUAAAAUAUGAGUUCGCUUAUUUCAACAGACGAUACCAUUGGAAGCUUAACUUAACCGUUAAAAACAAAAAAUUGGUUCAUUAUUUCAAAUCCGUAUUCUUUGAGCCAAACGGUAACGCGUCUACCCUAAAAGUAGCCACAAUUUUGCCGGACUCGUAUCAGUUUUUGCUCAUGGUAAAGAAACUCGAUGUGCCAAUUCAAUUUAGCGCCUUUUCUAACUUGUUGGCAGAUCAAAUUACUCUCAUAGCUGUUGUUAAGAAUGGAAGCUACAUGAGACUUGAAGAAGUCGGUUUGGUUUCCGCGAAUUAUGUAGCAAUUGAUUUAAUAAUGAACAGCCAGAGCAAUGGAAGUUUGGUUUAUAAGGGCCUAAGAAUUUCGAUCGUGACGUACUAA